AUGGAUCGCUUUUCGGGCCCAUCGCCGUUCGCCCUCAACGCCAAAGCUGCCGCUGCAAACUACUCAUCGUCUGACGAUUCAGAAUCCGAUGAUCCAACCGUCCCUGGACUGAAUGACGACGACCAUGACUUUGGCGACUUCAAUCCGCGCAAGAAGCGGCGUGUCGGCGGAAACAGCAAAGAGAAGGCAGCCCUGGGCAUUUUCGGCUCUGAUAGCGAAGACGAUAAUCCGAGCUCGCGCUGGAAGAAGAAGACUUUGAGAAGCAAAGGUGUAAAUUUUGUGUCAACGACAAGUGAAGGCGCUGAGCAGCAGCAAGAUGAUAGCGACGAAUCGGAAAACGAAGAGCGGCUCUUGGACAACGGCCUGAAUAGCCGUAACAGAAACAGCGAAGAAGAUGAGGACGAAGACGAAGAUGAAGAGGAUUACGACAGACCAGCUGGACUGGGGCUUGGCAACGCGGCCAUGAAGCUGCGCUUUGCGGCUGCUGAAAGGUCGCGCGAAGACAAUGCGCAGAGGGUAUCAGACACACGACCGUCAUUCAGGACAAACUUCAGCUCAGGAGGCAUCCUUGGCGGCGGCUUUGUCCCCUCGUCGGCCAAAGAUCCCGUGUUAAAAGAGACGAAAAACGGAAACGAAACUCCCCGAAAUAAGCCUCAAGUAAGCGCUUUCACAGCAAAGGGGAAAAUAAAUCCAAACUCAUUUGGUGCCCGGAUGAUGGCAAAGAUGGGUUACGUCGAAGGCAAGGGUUUGGGAAAGGAAGGCGAAGGACGAAACAUUAUUAUCGAAGCCAACCUCCGGCCCCAAGGCAUUGGUCUUGGUGCCGUCAAGGAAAAAUCAGAGCAAGAACGUCGAGAAGAGAAGAGACAAGCACAGCUGCGAGGAGAGGAGGUUGUUGACUCGGACGAAGAAGAGAAGAAGCGCAGGAUGGCCAAGAAGAAGGCUCGGGGAGCAGUAGCCUAUAGCAGUGGCGGAAGCACCCCGAUGAGGCAAAAGACAAAAUAUCUCACAGCCGAAGAGUUGAAGAAGAGCGCACCAGGCUUGAACAUUCCAGAUGCAUUUGCCCCUAUUCUCGACAUGACGGGGCCCGGAGGCAAGCUGCUUACUUCAACAAGCGGUAUUAUGACACCAUCAUCCGGCGUGCCUGAAUCAAGCGAAGUAGUUGAGGCGAGGAAACUCGCUAAAAGAGCACAGGCAGACCUACUAGCCUUUUCAGAAGAAUGGAGGAACCUAGAAGGCCGCAAGACGUGGGUGAAUUUAGAGCUCAAGCAAAGGGAACAGGAAAUCGAAGAUUUGCGUUCGGACUUUGAGAGACUGCAAACGUUUGCAAACGUGGUGACGGAACGGCUUGUUGAUGCAACAGAGUGGGAGCAGGUCAUGAGUGCUCUCCAGACCACCGUUGAUCUUGGCUCCGCGAAUGAUGCGAUUGCGGAUAUUGCGGUUGCUGCAAUCCACCCGUUUCUACGCAACUCAGACUGGGACCCGAUGACAGAGCCAGCUCGAUUCGCGUCCGACCUGCACAAGUUAUCUGGGCUCUUUGUCACUGCAAAUGCGAAUAAAUCUGUCAACAAGUGGAAUUCUUCCGCAAAUGAGGACGAUGGCGUGUACCGGACACACCACAAGGCGACUACGCCGUAUGAGACAAUGAUGUACAAGAAUUGGCUGCCACGAGUACUGACGGCGCUUCGUUCUUGGGAUCCCUUUAACCCCACGCCGAUGCUUGACAUAAUGGAAAACUGGAAAGACUUGCUUCCGCCAUUUGUUCGAGCGCAGCUGGUUGAUAACGUAGCUCGGAAGCUUGAGACGGCCGUGUCAGACUGGAAUCCGAAGAAAAAGCGACGGAGCCAUCAUCUCCCACACACGUGGCUAUUUCCUUGGCUGCAGUAUCUCCCCCCUUAUCAUCUCGACCCAAGAGGCACGGGAUUGGUUGCCGACGUCAGAAGAAAGUUUAGACAUCUCAUCGACGCUUGGGAGUUUGAGAGGGGCGUUGUGCCUGGGUUGACGCAGUGGAAGGACGUCUUGGGAGACCAAUGGCGGCCGCUUAUCAUGUCACACGUCUUGCCAUCAAUGGGCAAAUACCUGCGCACCAAUUUCCGCGUUGAUCCUGCAGAGCAAGAGCCCUAUCUCCCCAUUCUGGUUGGCAUCAUGAAGUGGAACCAAAUCCUCGGCGACACAGUGCUUGCAGAGGUCUUGGUACAGGAUAUGUUCCCCAUGUGGAGCAGCAGACUGCAGGAAUGGCUUGCGCUUGAUGAGGCAGAUCUUGGUGAGGUGGCGGAUUGGUAUAGCUGGUGGAGAGGAGUGCUGUUGAAGGACAUGGCGGAGAUUAAGGCUGUCAAGACGGAACUCGAUAGAGGACUACAGCUCGUGAACAUGAUUUGA